AUGCAGAGCUUGGGCACCAGCGGGGGUAGCUCCACGGCCGCAGUGAAACGCGCCAACACACGCAGGACUGUGUCGGCGAGUGGGUCGCAGACGCACAACAGUGAAAUCGAUGAAUUAGAAGGCCCGACUGUGCACUACAAGCCAGAAGCGAUUGAAACACUGUGUCAGCUCACUAAGUUCAAUAAGCGAGAGCUGCAGCUAAUGUACAGGGGCUUUAAGCAGGAAUGCCCAUCUGGGAUGGUUAAAGAAGAGACGUUUAAGAUAAUCUACUCACAGUUCUUCCCAAGAGGUGCAGAUGCUAGUCAGUAUGCUCAUUUCGUCUUCAAUACCUUUGACCAGGACCACACUGGGGCAAUAACAUUCACGGACUUUGUUAUUGGACUGUCUGUGCUUUCCCGGGGUUCACUCCAAGAGAAACUUCGGUGGACAUUCAAUCUCUACGACAUCAAUGGUGAUGGCUACAUCACCAAAGAUGAGCUUGCUCGUAUUGUUAAGGCUGUUUACGACCUCAUGGGAAAGGCUGUGGAACCCAUGGUGGAAGAAAACACAACAAGGGAACACGUUGAAAGGGUGUUUCAGAAGCUCGACCUCAAUAAGGAUGGCGUUGUCACAAUUGAUGAAUUUAUGGAUUCUUGUACAAAGGAUGAGAACAUUUCAAAGUCCAUGUCCGUAUUGGACACUAUUCUGUGAUGCUGCAAAUGUGUAAAAAAAAAAUUAGCAGCUGACUUAUUUGUUCAACGGCGAGUGCACACGAGAGCGGAUGCUGUAGGCAGUCCGAAAGUGCAGUGGCCCUGCUCAUCGGUGACCAGUCUCAAGCCAGUGCUCUGUCAAGACAGCAACAGCGCGAGUGACCCAUAACUCGUACCUCCUCAAGUGCCAAGUUACCAUUGUGGGUAUUUGCAGCAGGUUGCUGUGUGCAUGGGGACAAGCUGAGGUUGGCUGGUACUUGCUGCCGAACACCCGAAGCGUGUGGAACAGGGUGUGCCGUUUUUUGGUUUUAUUGUUGCCAGGGUAUUGGCAGUCAAAUUUUGGAACUUUGAAUGAACAUGCCAAACAGGCAGGUCCCUAACCAGCCUUGCUUGGUGGGGCAAAAUUCCUUUACAGCGAAAGUAAUUGGUGAACUGUUGCUCUUUGCCGUUAUAUUAUUGCUUUUUUUUCUAUCAUAUCAUUGAUUGUAUCUUUCAAAUGUCUCCCGAGUUGCGCAUAGCUCUCUGCUUUGUCUUGGCUUGGUUAGAAAUUUUCAUGCAAAUGAUGUUUUAUUUUUUGGUACCAGGCCACACUGCUCACAGAAAUCAUGUAAUGAAUGCUGGUGGCUGAUAUAUUUCUUGUACUUUACAGCAGAGAUAACAUCUUUUGAUCUAUGAAAUUAUGUAGGAAGGAAGGAUCCACCCCUGGGUAAAGAAGGUAGCAAGUUCUUGUACCUGAUUCAUUGCACAUUCUAUGAUCACGUGCUGCUUGUGCUUCUAUACUUUUUUUUUUCUGGGCUGGCAAAUAGAUAUCAGGUUACAGGAAAAGAUUUCUUUUGGUUAUGAUAAGCUUCAGGUGCAGCUGAGCCUUAAAUCUGUAGGGGAACUAUUUAUAGUGGUUACUAUUUCUUCACGCUUAUUCAAAAAUAACUAUGACUGGCUUCUCAUUUUAAAAUAUAGUAGCCAGACUAACUUUACUAUAACACAGGCUUAAGCACCCCUCCUUUCCAUGCAAUAAAGCCUCAAACUAGAGCAGGAUGCCAAGAACAGAAGCAUAGAUACUCAUGUUCAACAGUCUACCUUUCUUCUCAUAUAAUUUUAUUGAAAAAAAGGUGUGGGUUAGAGGGGUGCUUUGAAUUAUAACUUAAAUUCAUACUUAUGUAACAAUUUUAUUUUGUUCAGAUACAUUCCAUACAUAUUAAAUAUUGGAAUUGCAUUCUCUCUACCUAAGUUUAAUAAAUUCAAAUUUCGCAUUUAAUAUAAUGCCAGCAGUAUUUAUUUAUUCAUUCUUUUCUUGUAGGGCAUGCACUCUUGCAUCAUUUUUGUACUCUUCUUUCUUAUCGUGGGACAAGUAAAGCUAAGCUUUUUAUUUCAGUCAGACAAUUACGUACACAAUUAUCUAGACUUAAUUUAUUAUGUGCUGGUGUAAAUCUUCUCCUGUUACAGCACAAGCAGAGAUAGGCACUCAAGGUAUCUUCGCAUCUGUUUUACUAGAAGCUGCAACAGACUACAGGGAUUAUAGUGAAGUGUGUCACAAAUUAAUUUCUUACCUUGGUGGAAUGGAAUGUGCCAUAACAAAUACUACUAGAAAACAUCGGCCCAUAAUAUUUUGGCCUUUGUUAUGUGUAUUAGACAUUAUUUAUUUCUCGUAAUUUAAUCAUUUUUCUCCCCGUGGUCUUGCUUGUUAUGUUCACCUAUACUCUGCUAGCCACUGCUGAGUGUAUAUUUAUAUUAUUUUAAGUGGUAAUUGUCAUUGUUCGACUCGCAGUUUCUGACCAUGAAAAUGCUGGUGUGUACUUAAUGCUUCCGUGCCCUUCACUGUACAAGGGCCUCACUGAGGUGAUGUCAAUGUGGAAUUGAUGUGCCAUUUCAACCGAGCAAGCCCAUCAGUGGUGGGUAUGUGCAUCACAGGUGUGUUCUUGGCUGCCAUCUGCUGGUCAGGGCACACUCUACAUAUCUCACUUUGUUUGUUCAUUCUUUGCCAGAUUAGUGCAUGUCAGAACAAGUGGUUCCUUAUGCCUGAUGGUCAAAGGGCAACAUUUGGGAAUCUUCUAUGUGUGGAAUACACUGCUGACAGAUGAAAGGUUGGCUUUACAAAGUGCAUUGCCAUGACCUUGCCAAGUGGCAGGCUCUUUCAUUUCAAUGACCUUGCAAAUACUGUAAUUUAUUUUUCUUCCAUUUUAGGUAUUAAAGUACACUUUGAGACAGCUUUUAUGCCCGGCUCAGCAUAAGGAUGAAAGUGUGUUAUUACAAAUGACCCAGCAGCUGUUUGCUGACACAUAGUGGUUAACAUUGUUUCGAAAGCUCGAAUGGGUCUUGUUUGUACACACAUUGAUAUAUAAAUAUAUAUAUAUAUAUAAAUAUAUACAUAGCAGAGCAAUCAUACAGUGGGCCAAGGACUUUGUUUCAGAGAAGCAAAUGCCACUGUCUGCCAAACAAUGUUUCUCCCAUGAAGUACUGGAUUCCAGUGAGGACACGUUUAUGUUUUACGCGUAGAUAGGUUUACAAAUGUUUCCCUCUUCAGCCUUGUGAAAAAGUUGGUCAUCUGCGAAUAUGGUCUGUGACUAGAAGUGUCACUACUGUUGGAAAAGUUCUCAUGCCAUGGAGUAUGUUUGUCAUAGCGCAGCUGUUACUGUAUGAAUGUCAUUUCCCAUGUUUCGUCGGCAAUCAGGAGUAUGUGCUCCACUCUUCAUUAGCCAAUUUUUACGUAAAGAGAUUGAUGCCUGUAAACUGCUCCCCAUUUCUCUCUUCUGUACAUGCUAAAUUUUAGAAGUUUAAUCUUUUAGGCUCUAGCUUAUUUGUUUAUUUCCAUGCGUCAUCUUUUUCAAUGCAGAAUUUCCCAAAUGCUGAGUGAAAAUGACCCUUAUUUUUUUGUGUACACUUUCUUUUUAGCAAUUGAGUUCUGCCAUGGUUCACCUAAGGAGCUCUAGAGACCCGUUUCAUGUGCUAUAUAAUUUUAUAUUUAAAUAAUUGGUAUUUAAAGCACUGCAUAGGUUUUUCUGGUUUAAUUUUACUUGCAGCUGAUUGAUGUGAUCCAGGAGUUUUUGUUUUUCUUCCUUUUCUUUCCAGAAGCGUAAGAAGGGUCUCUUGUUCCACGUGAUAAAAUGCUCUGUUGAGAUAUUUUUCUUGCAAGUGCUGUCUGGGUGACAACACAAAAACUGGAGCAAUGUUUCUUUCAGCACUUCAGCCAUUUGUAUUUGGUACAUUUCAAUUGUAAUAAAUUCUAAUGUAUAUGUAUAUAUGAUAAAGCUAUGAAACAAAUAGACUGCAACAACUGUGUCAUAAAAUUUCUUUACUCACACAUUC